CUGCCGCGGCCUUGCCUGCUCAUUCAGCUCACGCAGCGUACAAAAGUAUCUACGUCACUCAUCAGGCGUCAGCGCGGAGGGAGUCUCUCCACGAAUAGCUCCCCUGGUGCACCGGCCAUUUUGUGGGCCUUCGAAAGCCAUGUGUGAAACUUCACGUUUAAAUUAGCGUGCAUAGAGCUAUCUUGCAAGUAUGGCGACCUUGGAGGGCGAGCUGGGCGGGGUCGGGGCGCAAGCCCCAACCAGCUCCGCCUUCUUGCAGCAUUUCCUUGUUGCAGCAUCCGUAGCUGCUAUCCUGGCGCCUUUCAGCUAUUACAUGGGGCUAGGAGCUAGGAUGUUGAAGCUCCCGCAAAUUACCGGAUACCUCGUUUCGGGCAUCGUUUGCGGGCCCUACCUUCUCGGCAUUCUAUCGCACGAGUCCGUGUCCGACCUCAACAUUAUCGAGGGCGCCUGCCUUGCCAUCAUCGGCCUGGCAGCUGGCGCCGAGCUGCACCUGAGCGAGCUGUCGCGCAGCAAGCGUCAGGUGCUGGGCAUCACCUUUGGCAUCUGCGCUGCCACGUGGGUGUUCUGCUACGGCGCGUUCGAGUACACGGCGGCCAUGCUGCCCAAGUUCGCGCAGAUGGACGCGGCGCACGUGGCGGCAGUGGCCUCGCUGGGUGCCACACUCAUGAUGGCGCGGUCACCGGCGUCCGCGAUCGCCGUGCUCAAGGAGAUGGAGGGCAAGGGCCCCUUCAGCAGCCUGGUGAUGGCGGUGGUGGUAGUGAAGGACGUGGUGGUCAUCAUCAGCUACGCAGUGAACGUGGAGCUCAUACGAGUGGCCAUCCUGCCCAGCGCCGCCGACCGGCCGCAGCUGCUGAGCAUGGUGCUGCCCGUGCUGAGCGUGGCGCUGUCCAUCAGCCUGGGCGUGUGCGGCGGACUGGUGCUGGCCAUGCUGCUGAGGAGCCUGCCGCACGUGGCGCACACCGGCGGCGCCGCCGCCGGCACGGCUGGCGGCGGCGCGGCGGCGGCCGCGGCCUCCAAUGCCUUCAAGCUGCGUCAGGCGGUGGUGCUGGGUGUGGCCACGCUGACGUUCCAGCUGGCGCACCACUUUGACGCAGAGCCGCUGCUGGCGUGCGUCACCAUGGGACUGGUGCUGGUCAACAGGAGGCACGAGCGGGCGGACAAGGACAAGGAGGAGCUGCACGCCAUGGUGACCGGCAUCAUGGGCCUCACCAACGUGGCCUUCUUCGGACUGGCGGGCGCCUCGCUCAAGCUGGGCGCGCUGACGGACAUGUUCAGUGCGGCGCUGGUGGUGUUCGCUGUGCGGCUGGGCGCCAUCUGGCUGGGCUCCUGGGCGGGCUGCACCGCCACAGCCACAAGCGCCGAGUACAGGCGGCUGUUCUGGAUGUCCAUGGUCACACAGGCGGGUGUGGCCAUGGGUCUGGCGCGCCUGGCCGGCACGCGCUUCCCGGACUGGGGGCCGCACUUCCAGACCUUCAUGAUGGCCAUCAUCCUGUUGAACCUGCUGGUGGGGCCGCCGCUGUUCAGGCAGGCGCUGGUGCGGGUGGGCGAGGCGCGGGCAGCUCUGGGGCUACUGCCGGUCAAGGACCACGGCCCGCGGUCGCUUGGGGCCGCGCUGGGGCUAGGCGGGCCCGGGGGGAGCGGGUCGGGGGUUGGCGGGGGAGGCGGCGGCGGGCUGGGGGGCUUGAAGGAGAACGGGGGCACGGGGGAAGACGGGGUGGGAGUGGACGGCGUGGUGAAUGCGGCGGUGGGGCUUGUGUUGGGCGACCACAACCAGGACAAGAGCGACCGAGACCAGUGAGGGGGGAUGUGAUUGAUUGGCGAGCGGUGGCGGAUGUGUGAUUGCUAAAGAGAGGUGCAGGCAGCUGAGGUGGGUUUGCAGGAUAAGCAGGAGGAGAAACAUGAGUUGCAGUGGGGUCGGGUCGGGUUGGGCGCGCGGCAUCUCCGCACCUUUUACGGCUGCCUCCAGGUCGACAAGGCUUGCUGGUGUUGGUGCGGCUCGCCUGCCUCGUGGCGUGGCGUGGCGUGCCUCAGAGGGGCGUCUCUCAUGGGUGUUGGUGAAAGGUGGGUCGCUUAGACAAGAUGUACAUGCAUCUUGAAAGGUUAUGCUGGCUUGGUGUGGUGAGACCCGCCGGGCUUGUGAGUGGUGGAAUGGAUUUAAGCGGCAUCUUGACCGCUAGGGCUGUGGUUUGGAGACACACGCACUGAGUGUAGCUGUACGUAUGCCAGGUAAAUGUGCAUGGCGUGCUCAAAUGAGGUGUGCUGAAUGCAGGCGUGCGUGGCGGUGGUGGCGGCGGCCCGGGGAAUGAGCGCGGGCAGUGGUGGCUCUUGGCUCUUGCCAAAUAUAACUGUAAUAUAAUACAGCUAU